AUGUCUGGCCCUAACUCAACCACUACUAGCCCUCAGAAUGGCACCACCUCUACUCUCACCCAGGGCAAUGUCAGCCAGGUUCCACGCGCUACCCGCAGCAGCGUUGACCGAUUUGCCCAUGCUCCAGCUUCUGAGACCCCAUACUACGCUGGUGGGGCAGCUACGGAACGAUCGACUCAUCUCGCUGGACUGGCAAACCAAGUCAAUGCCUUGGAUGAGAUCAUGAAGGCCCGGAAGUAA